GGGAGGUGGCGGUCCGGGUGGGAGGUGUGUGCGCGCGCGUGUGCCGCGCUGUAGGGAGCUGCGGGUCUCACUGCCCGCUGUCAACGAGCUCAGCACCUCCGCGCGAUGGCUGGUGGAGACCUAUGGGACCAGCCCCGUGGGGCCGGCCGCGGGUGAGCCCCUCUGCCGCCUCCUGCGAGCAUGUCACCUCCAGCCUGUGAGGUCGCUUUCGCUAGCAGCGUCCGUGCCUCCGCCUUCUGCAGCCGCAGCCGCUGCCUGGAGCAGUGGCCCCCGGACCCCCGCCCCUGAUCUGCGCCCAGACCCUGGUGCCAGAGGACCAUGGCUGGCCAGGGCGACUGCUGCGUCAAAGUGGCCGUCAGGAUCCGGCCCCAGCUAUCGAAGGAGAAGAUUGAAGGCUGUCACAUCUGUACUUCUGUUACCCCUGGAGAGCCCCAGGUCCUGCUGGGGAAGGACAAGGCCUUCACCUAUGACUUUGUCUUUGACCUGGACACCUGGCAGGAGCAAAUCUAUUCGACCUGUGUGAGCAAACUCAUCGAAGGUUGCUUCGAGGGCUAUAAUGCCACAGUACUGGCCUAUGGACAGACAGGGGCUGGGAAGACAUACACUAUGGGCACCGGCUUCGACACAGUGACGUCAGAAGAGGAGCAGGGCAUCAUCCCAAGGGCCAUUGCACAUCUCUUCAGGGGCAUCGACGAACGCAAGCGGAGGGCACAAGAGCAGGGUGUGACUGGGCCUGAGUUCAAAGUCAGUGCCCAGUUCCUGGAGCUCUACAAUGAAGAGAUCCUUGAUCUGUUUGAUAGCACCCGUGACCCCGAUGCCCGCCACCGCAGGUCCAACAUCAAGAUCCAUGAGGAUGCCAACGGUGGCAUCUAUACCACAGGUGUCACUUCUCGCCUGAUCAACUCCCAGGAGGAGCUGAUCCAGUGCCUGAAGCAGGGCGCCCUGUCACGCACCACAGCCAGCACCCAGAUGAAUGUACAGAGCUCCCGAUCCCAUGCCAUCUUCACCAUCCACCUGUGCCAGAUGCGAGUGUGUGCCCAGCCUGACCUGGUGAAUGAGACGGUGACUGGGCUUCCGGAUGGAGCGGCCCCCACGGGCACUGAGUAUGAGACACUCACUGCUAAGUUUCACUUUGUGGACUUGGCCGGCUCAGAGCGGCUGAAGCGGACAGGGGCCACUGGCGAACGGGCCAAAGAGGGCAUCUCCAUCAACUGUGGUCUGCUGGCCUUGGGCAAUGUGAUCAGCGCCUUGGGGGACCAGAGCAAGAAGGUCGUGCACGUGCCCUACAGGGACUCCAAGCUCACUCGGCUGCUCCAGGACUCUCUUGGAGGCAACAGCCAGACCAUCAUGAUCGCCUGUGUGAGCCCUUCAGAUCGGGACUUCAUGGAGACACUUAACACUCUCAAAUAUGCCAAUCGGGCUCGAAACAUCAAAAACAAAGUGGUAGUGAACCAGGACAAGACCAGCCAGCAGAUCAGCGCACUGCGAGCUGAGAUCGCACGCCUGCAGAUGGAGUUGAUGGAAUACAAAGCGGGCAAGCGAGUAAUCGGGGAGGAUGGUGCAGAGGGCUACAGUGACCUGUUCCGGGAGAACGCCAUGCUACAGAAGGAGAAUGGGGCACUGCGGCUCCGAGUGAAGGCCAUGCAGGAAGCCAUCGAUGCCAUCAACAACCGGGUCACACAACUCAUGAGUCAGGAGGCCAACCUGCUUCUGGCCAAGGCUGGUGAUGGCAAUGAGGCCAUUGGUGCUCUGAUCCAGAACUACAUCCGGGAGAUUGAGGAGCUUCGAACCAAGCUCCUGGAGAGUGAGGCUAUGAAUGAGUCUCUCCGAAGAAGCCUCUCCCGGGCUUCCACUCGGAAUCCCUACUCCCUGGGGGCAUCUCCAGCAGGUCCAGCCUUUGGGGGCAGCCCGGCCAGCUCCAUGGAAGAUGCUUCUGAAGUGAUCCGCAGGGCCAAGCAAGACCUGGAGCGGCUGAAAAAGAAAGAGGUCAGGCAGCGGAGGAAGAGCCCAGAGAAAGAAGCCUUCAAAAAGAGAGCAAAACUCCAGGCAGAAAAUAGUGAGGAGACAGAUGAAAACGAGGCUGAGGAGGAGGAGGAAGAGCGAGAUGAGAGUGGCUGUGAGGAUGAGGAAGGGCGCGAGGAUGAGGAUGAAGACUCGGGCAGUGAAGAGAGCCUGGUCGACUCAGACUCUGACCCUGAAGAAAAGGAAGUAAACUUCCAGGCGGACCUGGCGGACCUGACGUGUGAGAUUGAGAUCAAGCAGAAGCUGAUCGACGAGCUGGAGAACAGCCAGCGGCGGCUGCAGACGCUCAAGCACCAGUACGAAGAGAAGCUCAUUCUGCUGCAGAACAAGAUCCGAGACACACAGCUGGAGCGCGACCGCGUGCUGCAGAACCUCAGUACUAUGGAGUGCUACACGGAGGAGAAGGCCAACAAGAUAAAGGCGGAUUAUGAGAAGAGGCUGCGGGAGAUGAACCGGGACCUGCAGAAGCUACAGGCUGCUCAGAAAGAGCAUGCCAGGCUACUCAAGAACCAGUCUCGCUACGAAAGGGAGCUGAAGAAGCUUCAAGCGGAGGUAGCCGAGAUGAAGAAGGCCAAGGUUGCCCUCAUGAAGCAAAUGCGUGAGGAGCAGCAGCGGCGGCGACUGGUGGAAACCAAGAGGAACCGGGAGAUUGCUCAACUCAAGAAGGAGCAACGGAGGCAGGAGUUUCAGAUACGGGCUCUGGAAUCUCAGAAGCGCCAGCAGGAAAUAGUUCUGAGGAGGAAAACUCAGGAGGUUUCUGCACUGAGGCGCUUAGCAAAGCCCAUGUCUGAGCGAGUGGCUGGGCGGGUAGGAUUGAAGCCCCCCAAUAUGGAUUCUGGGGCUGAGGUGUCUGCCAGCACUACCUCGUCUGAGGCUGAAUCAGGAGCCCGCUCUGUCUCUAGCAUAGUGCGUCAGUGGAACCGAAAAAUCAACCACUUCCUGGGGGACCACCCUACAGCCACUGUCAAUGGCACCCGCCCAGCCAGAAAAAAGUUCCAAAAGAAGGGAGCCAGCCAAAGCUUCAGUAAGGCUGCGAGACUCAAAUGGCAGUCCCUGGAACGGAGGAUCAUUGACAUCGUCAUGCAGAGAAUGACCAUUGUCAACCUGGAGGCUGAUAUGGAGCGGCUCAUAAAGAAAAGGGAGGAGCUCUUCCUCCUACAGGAGGCGCUUCGGAGGAAGCGGGAGCGCCUUCAGGCUGAGAGCCCAGAGGAGGAGAAGGGACUUCAGGAGCUGGCUGAGGAGAUCGAAGUGUUGGCAGCCAAUAUUGACUACAUCAAUGACAGCAUCACUGACUGCCAAGCCACCAUCAUGCAGCUUGAAGAAACCAAGGAGGAGCUGGACUCAACAGACACAUCAGUGGUCAUUAGCUCCUGCUCUCUGGCUGAAGCCCGCCUACUGCUAGACAACUUCCUCAAGGCAUCCAUUGACAAGGGACUUCAAGUAGCACAGAAGGAGGCCCAGAUCCGGCUGUUGGAAGGACGUCUGAGACAAACAGACAUGACAGGCUCUUCCCAGAACCACCUGCUCCUAGAUGCUUUGCGUGAGAAGGCUGAGGCGCACCCCGAGCUACAGGCCCUCAUCUACAAUGUUCAACAUGAGAACGGCUAUGUGAGCACAGAUGAGGAAGUUUCAGAGUUCUCUGAGGGGAGCUUUUCCCAGUCAUUCACCAUGAAGGGCUCCACCAGCCAUGAUGACUUCAAGUUCAAGGGGGAGCCCAAGCUGUCUGCACAAAUGAAGGCCGUGUCUGCUGAGUGCCUAGGACCCCCAUUGGACAGCUCCACCAAGAACAUCACCAAGUCCCUGGCCUCCCUCGUUGAGAUCAAAGAGGAUGGGGUGGGCUUCUCUAUCCGGGACCCUUACUACCGGGACAAGGUCUCUCGCACCGUCAGCCUGCCCACCCGGGGCAGCACUUUCCCUCGGCAGUCUCGAGGUGCCACGGACACGUCCCCUCUGACCCGACGGAAGUCUUAUGACCGAGGGCAGCCUAUCAGAUCCACAGACAUGGGAUUCACACCUCCCUCAUCACCUCCCACUCGGCCCCGAAACGACCGCAACGUCUUCUCUCGUCUCACCAGCAAUCAGAGCCAGGGCUCAGCACUGGACAAGUCUGAUGACAGCGACUCCUCUUUGUCGGAGGUCCUGAGGGGCAUCAUCACCCCCAUUGGUGGAGCAAAGGGAGCACGGACGGCCCCGCUGCAGUGUGUCUCCAUGGCCGAGGGCCACACCAAGCCCAUCCUCUGUCUGGAUGCCACCGAUGAGUUGCUUUUCACGGGAUCCAAAGACCGUAGCUGCAAGAUGUGGAACCUGGUGACAGGGCAGGAGAUUGCAGCUCUCAAAGGCCACCCCAACAAUGUGGUUUCUAUCAAAUACUGCAGCCACUCGGGGCUGGUGUUCUCUGUGUCCAGCUCCUACAUCAAAGUGUGGGACAUCCGGGACUCAGCCAAGUGCAUUCGGACACUCACGUCCUCAGGCCAGGUGAUCUCAGGAGAUGCCUGCAUAGCCACAUCCACCCGUGCCAUCACCAGUGCCCAGGGGGAGCAUCAGAUCAACCAGAUGGCCCUCAGCCCCUCAGGCAACAUGCUAUAUGUUGCCUCUGGCAAUGCCGUCCGCAUCUGGGAGCUCAACAGGUUCCAGCCCAUUGGCAAACUGACCGGCCACAUUGGCCCAGUGAUGUGCCUGACGGUCACCCAGACUUCAAACCAGCAUGACCUCGUGGUGACAGGCUCCAAGGACCAUUAUGUGAAGAUGUUCCAGCUGGGCGACUGUGUGACAGGCACCAUUGGCCCUACCCACAACUUUGAGCCCCCUCACUAUGACGGUAUCGAGUGCCUGGCCAUCCAAGGAGACAUACUGUUCAGUGGCUCCAGAGACAAUGGCAUCAAGAAGUGGGACCUGGAACAGCAGGAGCUCAUUCAGCAAAUCCCCAAUGCUCACAAGGACUGGGUGUGCGCCCUGGCCUUUGUACCCGGCCGACCCAUGAUGCUGAGUGCCUGCCGGGCAGGCUUCAUCAAGGUCUGGAAUGUGGACAACUUCACGCCCAUUGGUGAGAUCAAGGGCCACGACAGCCCCAUCAAUGCCAUCUGCACCAACAGCAAGCACAUCUUCACGGCCUCCAGUGACCUGACAGUGAAGUUCUGGAGCAUGCGGAGGCUACCAGCAGCCCACCCUUGAAGUUAGGACUGAAGGUGGCCAGACCCGGCAGCCUACCCAGCUUGGAAAGGAAGCUGUGGUCCGACCUUACCAGACCAGCCAGGUUCACCGAGGACAUAGGGUGUGGCUCUUCUCUUGCUCUGCUUCCUCCAUCACCCUCUCUGUCCCUCCCCUGCCUCCUGAGAAAGGAGAGGCCGAGGAGGGAGACAAGCUGUGAAGCCAAAGGGCAUGAUUCCCGCGCCGCCUGCACUUGUUCCCUGCCUUCCUCUCAAUCGGCCACUUGGUCUCUGGCUGAGCCAGCCCUACCCAUCUCCCAUGUGCUCAGCCUUGGUUGAGACUGAGGGAGAAGCAGGGAGAAGCCCCCAUCUAUCUUCCAGUGAGCUAGCCCCACCUCCGGAGCCGCUGCACCUGCCUCUGAGCCCACAAAGGUAGUUCUCAGGUAACCAUGGAAACCAGAUGUAAGCAGCUGAGUCCUGCAGCUGACCCUAAACCCUACAGCCACCCACAGCCAAUCUCAGUGGGGCCCAGUCACUCCUUGAAGUUCUCCUCUGCUGGGAUCUCAGUGGAGCUGCUUAAACAGUUCCUUUGGGGAGAAGGUCAGCAGUACUGCAGUCAUUUAAUGCAUUGAUUUUUACUUUUGUGUUCUGCUGUUUGCCUCCUGGAAACUGACUUGAAGUUUCUUCCCAUUCUUCCCUCCGCCCCUGGCGGGGGGGUGGGGGGGCUCUUCUCUCUGGCGCUCCGGGGCCCUCCCUCUGCUUGCUCUGCAGACGAGGGAAGCCUUCUCCAUCCUUUGCAGCUCUGAUCAUUGCCCCAGUCCUGUCCAUCCCGGCAUACCUUCUAGGAUAGACCUCUCUAGGCCGCCUGAUGCCACAGUGCCUUUCUCCAUCCUGAGGCCUGGCAUCAUGCUGGGCAGCCUUAUGCUAGCCAUGCCCACAGCCCACAUGUGUCUUCUAACUCUGGACCUUGUGCCCACAGCCCCUGAAGGUCAGAGUGUCCACCCCAACAGCCCAGGAUCAAGGAGUCCAUGCUCCCAAGAGUCCUGUGUGGUCCAGUGGGAUGUAGCUUGCUUGGACUGUCCACUGGGCAGGCUUGGGUAGUGAGGUACCAGGUCCUUUGCCUAAUCCCCCAGCCAAUUAUGUUUCCACCCCCUCAAGGGGACAGGGAGCAUCUUCAGCUUCUCUUCCUUUAGUUGUUCCAGAAACAGCCUUAAAACUAGCCUGGGCCAAAGGCCCUCCCUUUUCAAUUAGCAUGAGGGGGCAGUGUCCUUGCUUCCCCCCUUGGUGCUGUGGGCUCAGCUGCUGGGAUGAGGUGAAGUCAGUGUCUAGUGCCCCCUACUGGAUCAACUCUGAAUUUAUAGGACUGGGCCAUGAGAGGGGCCAGCUCCAUUCCUGCCCUGCCCCCCCCCACUCUCCCUCCCCUGCUUCCCCUGCCCUUAAACUGGUCGACACUUAUUCUAUUGCUUCACUGGUCUUGUGCAUCCUGGUCUCAUUCUGGGAUCCAUGAACCCAAGCUUCAUUCAAAGGACGUGGAGAGCUAGCACAGUGCCUCUGCACUUAACCCUUCUCCCUCUAGGGUGAGGACAUUGGUCUCUGUCCAUACGGCCCUAGGAUGGGAGAGUUAGGAGCUGAUAAGGCCAGACCCUCUCUUAACCAUCCCAGAGCUGUGUCUGAGGCUGAAACUAAGAAGAUCGUCCUGCUUAUCGUCCCAGCCAGACACAGUGUUGAGUCUGGGUAAGUGGAUAUUUAGAACGAUGCACCAGGAAAGCAGGUCAUCUGGAACCUGGACUAUCUGCAAUGACCAGAAAUCCUCCUUCCCCUGCUCAUCCUGGGAGAGUUAAGGAACAUCCUUAGCACUCAGAAGUGACCACAUCUUCUCUUCACCCCUCUCCACCUGACUGGAAAGCCUGGACCUUACACCCUGUAAGAAAACCCAGAACCCGUCUGCAUGACUGUUUACAAACUACAGAAACACGUGAGACUUAUGUCCCGACCCCACAGGCUGGGCCGCCCCAGCCCGGGGUACCUGUACUGUAUAGCUGCAAGGCCAGUUCUUGCACAAAGUGUGUGUGGUCUUACAGCCCCCGCGAGAGGUGCUCACUGGCGUUACCCCUUCUGCCAUUUCUGAUGGGUCACUACCUCAUGGCGGGGCUGCUAUGCUGUCCCAGCGAGUGUCAUUGACUAAACUUGAAAUCAGAGCUCUGAGCUCAUCGUCCCCGAGCCAUUCUGAGCUGUGUUGUGGGAACGUUGGCGUCCCUGCCCACCCACCCUUUCAGGGAUGUCCAAGGCACACAGUCAGGGGCAGGUCCCCAGCUCCACUCAUUGCACAAGCACCCUACUUGUUGGAAGCACAAACUGGUUGUGAUUUGAGCACAAUAGCAGGCCUCUGGGUAGACAGUACGAGCAAACCUGGGCGUAGGAGGUCUUUCCCAGAUGGGCUGAGUCUUAGGCUAGACCAGAGCUGCUCGUGUCUGUGGCUGACUCACCAUAAACUUCGACUCCUUGUGCCCAUCUUAGGACUUGAGACCUAGGCCACAUCUGUAUGCUGUGGGGGUCCUCCCUAGACCCCCACACCCCAAGCCAUUAACAACCAGAGUAUAGCUGGUACUGCAUCACACUGAGCCUGAAGAGCCUGGACCCAGACUCCCAUCUCUUGAGCUAACCCCAACAUCCAUGCUUCCAAAACUGAUUAGCUUCCAUCUGGACGGAAAGUAUCUACUGUCCCCACUCUCUCAGGCCUUUUCUGUGCACAGUCCUGUGCCAGGACCCGUUCCAGUAUUAACCAUUUCAGUGUUUGGUCUUGGAGAGACUUGAUGCGACAGCAGCCAGCUCAUGGAGAAGCUGCCUAGAGCAGCCUUUAGAGACUGCAGAGGGGAGAGAGAAUGCAAAGAAUGAGAGGCUGACCCAGCGCAACCCUUGAUGUGGUCAGAGUGCCACCACAGCUACUGGGAAAGGGACAGAUACGGAUCUGGGAGUAGCCUCCCACCGUUGCCCCAGCUGCAGGCCUGGGGUUGUCUUAGGCUGUGUGGCUUGAACAAAGAGCAGUUUAAAGCACAAAACCAUGUAGAGAAGAUGCUGCCUUGCUGGGGGAUCCUUGUGCUACCCAUUGCGGUGGUAGCACAGGCAGGAAGCUGCUGCAAACAAAGGCAGGACAUUACAUCUCUGCCCUGCCCUCUCCCAGGUUUUGGAGGCCUCCCCUGGAGUCUGGGCUGGGUGCCUGGGUAUGUUUGUAUGGGCAGGACCUGCCCUGCAGGAGCAGUGCAUUCCUUCCAUGUGGCCCAAACCUGCCACAUCUGUCCCUUUGUCCUUUCUAACAAGAAACUGCUUGCUGCUGCUCCCUUUGCUGAGCACAGUGGCCAGUGCCCCCUCAGACCUUCCUGAGCCCAGCCCGUCAUCUCUUGACUCCCAGGUCUUCACUGCUCCUUGUGUGCAAGAGAAGCUGCAGGGAAUGUUCGGGUUCUUUGACAUCAUUGUUCUGUCCCCUGUGCCCGUCCCUUUGCCCCCUCUCUUCCACCUUCAAUCCUGUGUCCUAAAGGCUUUGUCAGAAAGUGGGAAGCCGGUGCUGCCCAGAGUCAGAAAAGACCACUGAUGUCUUGGUGCCCUGCCCUGCCCUGACCUGCCCUGCCCUGCUCUGUCACCAGCUUUUAUGGCAGUUGCCCCUACCUAGGCUGCAGGGCCUUGUUUGGCUCCUGCGCUUUCCUGUGACGUGGUAGCACAAGGUGUGUAUAUGUUUUGUACCUCUGCUGAUGACUGUACAUAGUGUAUGAAAGUUAUUUAAGCCUCAUGCUGUACAUUUCUGUUCUGGAAAGCGGAUGUGUUUGUUCUAAGAGCUUGUCAUAAAUAAAACCAUUGUCCACAGA